GGACACUGGCGAUUGUGAACUGCGAAGCCGUCUCCUCCUUCCCAUCCCUUCCCAUGGUCGAGUCCUCCUUGAAUAAAUUCUACCAAAAAAAUUGAGAAAAAAAAAGAAGAAACAAGAAGGGAAGAACAACGGCAAGGUUUUCGUUACCUAUCCAUUUCUUUUGGGCUGCCUUCCCGCUGCUUUUAAAAUCCGUCCGAAUCGAUCCAUAGAUCAACGCAUGAGCGCAGCUUUGCAGACCUGGUGCUUAUACUGGUAGUAAUUUGUCUCUUUCUGAAUUUUUUUGAUUGCGGCAGAGAGCUGAGAAUGGGUCGGAAAGCAGUUGCUUUGAUUGUUAGUUCGUGGAUAGUACCCAUCUCCAUCCUCGUUAAUCACAUUGUUCCUGAACCCUACAUGGAUGAGAUAUUCCAUGUCCCUCAAGCGCAAAAAUACUGCAAAGCCAAUUUUACCAGUUGGGAUCCCAUGAUCACCACCCCUCCUGGCUUGUACUUUGUUUCACUUGCCCAUGUUGCUUCUUUGUUUCCAGGAAUUCACUUGGUGAAUAAUGCCUCGUCAUUUUCUGAUGCUUGCUCCGUUUCAGUUUUGCGCUUCACAAAUGGCGUGUUAGCUGUGUUUUGCAGCAUUUUAAUCUACGAUAUAAUCACCCAUCUGAGGCCAGCUCUUACUGACAGAAAGGCUACCUUCCAUGCGCUUGUUCUCACCCUCUAUCCCCUCCACUGGUUCUUCACUUUCCUGUAUUAUACAGAUGUUGCAUCACUGACAGCAGUUCUUGCUGCUUAUCUUUGUAGCUUGAAGAAGAAUUAUUGGAUUAGUGCAUUGCUAGGUGCAGUUGCAGUAUUAAUGCGGCAAACCAAUAUCAUAUGGAUUUUGUUCAUUGUGUGCUCUGAGGUUAUAAAGCUGACACUUGCUCAGCAGAAAGAUGAUCUUCUUCCAGAAAAAUCUAGUAUGUCAGAAGUUAAAGUUGCUUCUUCUACCUCCCAUAAAGGUGCAACCAGUGGCUCUAACUUGAGAAAGAGAAGAUCUGGUCAUGUUGAUACUGUCAACCAUUCAGUUGCGCCAACAUCUGUCCAUGCCAUUCCUCAUUCAGCAGGAUUGUGCGAAGAGAUGCAGAACAUGCUUUCAAAUAUAUGGCAGCUCAAGUGGGAGCUAAUCUUUUCCUUCAGCCCCUUCUUUCUAAUUCUAGUGGCUUUCCUGGCAUUUGUUUACUGGAAUGGGAGUAUUGUUCUAGGUGCAAAAGAUGCUCAUAAGGUGUCUCCACAUUUUGCACAAUUGCUUUAUUUUAGCCUGGUGUCUGCCCUGUUUAUGGCUCCUGUGCACUUUACAUCAGGUCAAUUUGUAGCUCUAGUCCAAUCAUUAUGGAAGAAGAAGCCUUUUAGCUUUUUCCUGUUGGUUAUUGCUUUAACCAUCAGCUUCCUUUCAGUUCACUUCUUCAGCAUAGCACACCCAUACCUUCUGGCGGAUAAUCGGCACUAUCCCUUCUAUCUCUGGCGGAAAGUCAUUGCUUCUCAUUGGAUAAUGAAGUACCUGCUAGUCCCGCUUUAUGUUUACUCCUGGUUUUGCAUCUUUAAUACCUUGGUGAAAACUCAGAAGAAGAUAUGGGUGAUAGCAUAUUUUCUGGCCUCAGCUGCAACACUAAUUCCCGCUCCACUGAUAGAGUUUAGAUACUAUACAAUUCCAUUCUUCUUCUUAGUCCUGCACUCUGAUGUCGAUGAUACAAUAAGUUGGCUUCUGAUGGGGUUGCUUUAUGUCGCAAUCAAUCUCUUUACAAUGUCGAUGUUCUUGUGGCGGCCAUUCUAUUGGAACCACGAGCCUGGGUUACAACGGUUUAUAUGGUAGGCAGUGAAGAAUUGUUUAAAAGCUUUGGGAUGUUCGGGGGCCGAAGCCUGACAGAGAAUCAUGCCUCCAACAUCCGUUGGCGUCGGGAGGGAUAUAUGUAAACAUGAAUUUUGAUCAGGUUCCGUUAAAGGUAACUUGUAUGUUAAGUUCAAUCUGAGAGAGAGAUAAAAAUUGAAAUUAUCAGAUGUUGGGUUUGUUAGGAAAUGUCGUUCUUAUUUCUUUGAGACUGCGGUUGUACAUGGAAAAUCCCAGGAUUUGCUGCCAAGAAAUGUCAUUCUUUUCUAUGUACUUAAUAUAAUAGAAGCGGGACUGUCACGGCUCA